UAUGUAAGCAACACAUGAAGUCAUAACCGUGUUUCACAGGAAGGUUUCAUCAGUUCAGAUAAGCCUGGACUACAUCUCUCUCAUUCGCAUGUUUGUGAAGAUUUAAUUCACAAAGGAUUCCUGCAGGGAAGUCAACGUUGAACCUUUGUUGUGGGGAGAUCGCCACGAAAGAUGGGUUGAAAUCUGUCUGAAGGGAAUUUACUGGAUUUGACUGUUUUGUUUUCUUUGCUGAAUUUCCACUUACUCUCAAGUACCGAAGAGUCGACACGAUGACUGAGCCAACAGCUGAUGAGCCUCUGCCUCCUGCUGACGACACCAACCCUGACAGUGACGUCCGGCAUCUUUUGAGAGAAAUAAGAAGAGCCUCCCAGAACGGCAUGCUAACAUGGACCCUCCAGAAGAAGGUGGAGGCCGAUCCUUCCUGCAGCAUCUCACUCAUCAACGUGCUCCUCAAUGAGCUGGAGAAGAAACAGCAACGAGUCUGCAAGACCCAGAAGUUCAAGUCUUACAUGUCGAUCAUGCCGGUGCUUCAUACGCUGUACUAUGUAGUCAUUCAGUCAGGCGUCACCAUCCCAAACAGCCUCUACCAGAGAGUGUCUGAGUGUCUGACAAAGCUGCUGAUACUGCCGCUGCCAUACUCUGCUGUGGUCCAGCAGACUCUCCGAAGCAUCAGCAUGGAAAUGAUCACACCAGGAUGUUUGUAUCAGACCAGAGUCAUUGCAGAACAGAACAUUAAAAACGAGCAUUUCAAUCUGCAGGAAAAGGUGUUCGUGCUUGCAGAUCCAGCUGUGUUUUCCGCCUCUCUUGAAUCGACGCUUCGAGCUUACCUGGAUGUGUCUGACUCGCUCAGGAAUACACACAUGGUGGAGAGAAAGGUUGUCCUCCAUGUGUUGUGUUCAGGGCUGGAGACGGCAUGUCAAAACACCAACCUGGCUCGAGCUCUGGAGGCUUUAGACAAUAAGACUGCGAGGAAAUAUUUCCAUGAUGUGGUUCUUGCUGUGAGCCAGAGUACAAACCAUGGCGCGGGCGGCCGUGCAGACUAUCUGAACACACUGCAGGAAAUAUACCAACGAAUCACGAGUGGCGCUGAAGAGAGAACAGAGGCUGGCCGAGGCUCUCUGUGCAACGCUUUAAUCCCCUAUCCGAAGAUCAACUUCCUCUUGUGGAAUGAUGAAGAGGAUCUAUGGAAUCUGCUGACGCAGUUCACGCUCCAAUCCUGCCUGAGCUCUGGUAAAGACGAAGACGACAGCAACAAACGAGACAGUGGGAUAGAGAAAGAUAUCAAUGACCAGGGUAACACCACCCUGCCUUUUAACAGGCAGUCUGCACUCAAACGGAGAAACGCCUACAGGACUGUAAAAUCUGCAGAAAAUUUGGACCUUGUUAAAGAGAAGAUUGAAGGUUCCUCUGGAAGCUCUGCUGGACUCAAAGAGGAGCGGAGCCACACGGCUCGAGUGGUGGUCCUGGGGGACGAUCGAGCGCUGGGAAGACUCGCCAGAGCCUACAGUUCGAUGCGCGAGAAGGAGUCCAAACGGAAUAUGUUGACCAAGAAACUGAACCUGCAGUUGUACUACAUCCCAGUGUCUGAUGUGAAGCCUUCACUGCAGCCGCCUGAGAGCUCUUUCCUGAAAGAGAGCAGCUUAUCUCUGGCCUCCCAUUUAGGAAGAGUGGACCCCUGGUACAACAGCGACAUUAGCAAUCUGGGAGCUGCAAUCUCCAAUCUGUCCGAAAUGCCCACGAAUACCAGUGGACCAUCAGAGCUGAACCUCUUCCUCCUGGACAGCCUGUGUUACUACCUCCGCUGUGGGACACAGUCAGUGAACCUACCGCUUUAUUCAGUCAAGAUGUUCUGCUCCACCUCUGGCGUCAACUCUGUAGUGGAGGAUGUGUUCGUGUCCCACCUGGAGGCCGACAUCCCAGACUUCAGACACCUGAAGAAGAAGAAAGAGACUUCAAAGGCACCCAGUUCACGAAGCAGGAAGAUAACUGAGAAACCCUUUGGAGCCGUCCUCUCAGUCCGUUACACAAAGGCCUCGUUAAGCAAGCGACAGAUCGUGAGGGGAGAAGCACCGAUGACGUGUGGAGUGGUGAUCACAUCCGAGCCAGCAGAUUCGACAUCAGGUGAGGAUUACCUUAAAGUCAGUUUUGACAGCGUGAACCCAGAAAACAACGAAAAAAUCCAGACUAAAAGCAUCAACAUCAAGACGCUGGAGCAUUGGGCACUCUGUGUGUGCCUGGACAGGGACUCCCGCAGGAUUUAUAACAACAUCCAGAGAUUAGAAAUAUUCCCAUGUUUGGACCCAGGAUGCAAAAUUAAAACCAGGUUAAGCAUGAACGCCAGUCGAGAGCUGCCACUCAGCAGGUACCUGGACCAAGUCCUGUCGCUGCCCAUCAAUACCUUCACUGGAGCCUCCAGCUGAAGAACCUCACCCGUCUGUUCCUCGUGCACACACAUCUGCCGUAACCAUGCUGUGUCCGCUUUGUAACUGUGUAUAUAUUGGUUAUAUUUGUGUUCAACAGUGUUUCAUAUCCGUAUGUUUUUUAGUUGUAGUUUUGACUUUUCUUAUUUUGGUGAAACUGUGAUGAUGUUUGAGUCAAAUGAGCUUUCCCUGUAGCACAUUCCAGUAACUGUGUUGACUUGAAAAUGUUGUUUUGAAAAAGAAAUGAGAAAUUAUACUUUUAUUCAGAUUAAAAUAGUAUUGUAAGAUUGUAUAUACUGUAUAUCGUUACAUGUGAAACUGUACACAAAUCAACAACAACAGAAAUUAAGUCCCGGUAUAUUCAUGGAGAAUUUAUGGCUGCAUGGUGGCACAGUGGUUAGCACUCUCACCUCACAGUGAGAGAUCUGGCCUCUUCUGUGUGGCGUUUGCUUGUUCUGUCCACAAACAUGUAUUUGAGGCUAACCGGUGACCCUAAACUCCUUCUAUAAGUGGAGUGUUUUUGCCUGUUUGUCUCUCUGUGUUCGCCCUGUGAUGGGCUAGCAACCUAUCCAUGGUGCAUCCUGCCGUCUCCCAUCUUAAGCCCCAGAGCCUCACAACCCUGCACAAGAUAAAGUGUAUAGAAGAUGGAUGGGUGGACAUAUAUACAUUUUGCAAACUGUGUCAUUCUGAGAUGAAAACUUGACUCAUCUUCAGGGAUUAAAGAAAAUCAGUUGUGGGAAAUAAAUGGUCUACGAAGGACCACCAAACUUAGUUUAUUGUGGGU